CAGACGCAAGCUGGGCGGUGGCCCCGGUUAAAGGGGAAACUUGACAGCGCCGCGCCCGCUCCGCUGCGCGCUGCCCGCUCCGCUCCGCCGCUCCCGGCUCCGCGACUUGUACCCGAGACCACCGCCAGGAUGCUGCUCUUGCUGCUGGGGAUCAUCGUGCUCCACGUCACCGUGCUGGUGCUCCUCUUCGUCUCCACCGUCGUCAGCCAAUGGCUCGUGAACGGCGGGCAGACAGCGGACCUGUGGCAGAACUGCACCACCGGUGCCGUCUUCCAGUGCCUGACAUCAUCCACGAAUGAAUGGUUGCAGUCUGUCCAAGCAAUGAUGAUCCUCUCCGUCAUCUUCAGCGUCUUGUCCCUCUUCCUGUUCUUCUGUCAGCUCUUCACGCUCACUAAAGGUGGACGGUUUUACCUUACUGGGAUCUUCCAAAUCCUUGCUGGGCUCUGCGUGAUGAGUGGUGCAGCCAUCUUCACAGUGAGGCACACGGACUGGCACGAAGCCUCAGAAAACAUCUCCUACGGCUUCGCCUAUAUCCUGGCAUGGCUGGCCUUCCCCCUGGCCCUCGCCAGUGGCAUCAUUUAUGUCAUCCUACGGAAGCGCGAGUGAUGCUGCAGGAAGUGCAGCCAGGGCACUGCUGACAUGCAUGGAGGAGAUGGAGGCGGGGGAAAAUAGACGAGAAAACGGAAAAGAAA